AUGACAGGAAUGCGCAUGCGCACAGCGGAACGUCUAAAAGAAUCGCAAAACAUCACCGCAUUUCUCACGAGCUUCAAUGAAAUCGAUAUGUCCCAGGUCAUCACCAUGCGGGAGCAAUAUAAGGAGGAGGUUCCCGACAAGCAUGGAGUGAAGCUUUAA